CCCCCGGUUUCUCAUUCCUGCCACUAGCGCGCUCGGCGGCUCAUUCCGCGGCCGCCGCCAGCUGAGGGGAGCGUCGCGGGCCGAGGAGCAGAUGCCGCGGGGGCCGCUCGCAGCCGCCGCUGACUUGUGAAUGGGACCGGGACUGGGGCCGGGACUGACACCGCAGCGCUUGCCCUGCGCCAGGGACGGGCGGCUCGGAGGUUGCGUCCACCCGCAAGGGCCCCAGGGCUGCUGGCAGUGCCAGGGAUCAGAAGCCGCCUCUCCGUCUGUCCAGAACAAAGCUGGGCUGAGCCCUCUCACGGUCCUGUGGCCCUUGGUCUCCCCACAUGAGGUGUCCUGAGAUUGAAGAAAGAAGGUGCCUCCUGGUGAUGGCAUUGCCAAGGCUGGAAUCUGCCUCUCAAGGAAGUCCCUCGGCGGCCAGCUGCUGCACCGUGACCUUCGUGAUGGUGGAGUGAGUAGGCACUGGAACCAAUAAGCCUGGCCUCUCCAUCUGCCAGCCUGAAUGCAGGUGCCAGUUACUACUGCCCAGCACUGACGAGGGACAGGAACGGUGGCGCAUAGAUCCCGGCAAAGGGGAUUGGCUUUUGUGGACACAAGCUUGAGAAAUCACUGUGUUUUCGGCUCAGCAGCCUUGUGACAUUCCUUCCUGUUGUCAUUUGUUGAGUGACCAAUCAGAUGGGUGGAGUGUGUUACAGAAAUUGGCAGCAAGUAUCCAAUGGGUGAAGAAGAAGCUGACUGGGGACGUGGGCAGCCCUGACGUGAUGAGCUCAGCCAGCAGAGACAUUCCAUCCCAAGAGAGGUCUGCGUGACGCGUCCGGGAGGCCACCCUCAGCAAGACCACCACACGGUUGGUGGAAGGGGUGACAGCUGCAUUCUCCUGUGCCUACCACGUAACCAAAAAUGAAGGAGAACUACUGUUUACAAGCCGCCCUGGUGUGCCUGGGCAUGCUGUGCCACAGCCAGGCCUUUGCCCUAGAGCGGCGGGGGCACCUGCGGCCCUCCUUCCAUGGGCACCAUGAGAAGGGCAAGGAGGGGCAGGUGCUACAGCGCUCCAAGCGUGGCUGGGUCUGGAACCAGUUCUUCGUGAUAGAGGAGUACACCGGGCCUGACCCCGUGCUUGUGGGCAGGCUUCAUUCGGAUAUUGACUCUGGUGAUGGGAACAUUAAAUACAUUCUCUCAGGUGAAGGAGCUGGAACCAUUUUUGUGAUUGAUGACAAAUCAGGGAACAUUCAUGCCACCAAGACGUUGGAUCGAGAAGAGAGAGCCCAGUACACGUUGAUGGCUCAGGCAGUGGACAGGGACACCAACCGGCCACUGGAGCCACCAUCGGAAUUCAUUGUCAAGGUCCAGGACAUUAAUGACAACCCUCCGGAGUUCCUGCACGAGACCUAUCAUGCCAAUGUGCCUGAGAGGUCCAAUGUGGGAACAUCAGUAAUCCAGGUGACAGCUUCAGAUGCAGAUGACCCCACUUAUGGAAAUAGCGCCAAGUUAGUGUACAGUAUCCUCGAAGGACAACCCUAUUUUUCGGUGGAAGCACAGACAGGUAUCAUCAGAACAGCCCUACCCAACAUGGACAGGGAGGCCAAGGAGGAGUACCACGUGGUGAUCCAGGCCAAGGACAUGGGUGGACAUAUGGGCGGACUCUCAGGGACAACCAAAGUGACGAUCACACUGACCGAUGUCAAUGACAACCCACCAAAGUUUCCGCAGAGCGUAUACCAGAUGUCUGUGUCAGAAGCAGCCGUCCCUGGGGAGGAAGUAGGAAGAGUGAAAGCUAAAGAUCCAGACAUUGGAGAAAAUGGCUUAGUCACAUACAAUAUUGUUGAUGGAGAUGGUAUGGAAUCGUUUGAAAUCACAACGGAUUAUGAAACACAGGAGGGGGUGAUAAAGCUGAAAAAGCCUGUAGAUUUUGAAACCAAAAGAGCCUAUAGCUUGAAGGUAGAGGCAGCCAACGUGCACAUCGACCCGAAGUUUAUCAGCAAUGGCCCUUUCAAGGACACUGUGACCGUCAAGAUCGCAGUAGAAGAUGCCGAUGAGCCCCCUAUGUUCUUGGCCCCAAGUUACAUCCACGAAGUCCAAGAAAAUGCAGCUGCUGGCACCGUGGUUGGGAGAGUGCAUGCCAAAGACCCUGAUGCUGCCAACAGCCCGAUAAGGUAUUCCAUCGAUCGUCACACUGACCUCGACAGAUUUUUCACUAUUAAUCCAGAGGAUGGUUUUAUUAAAACUACAAAACCUCUGGAUAGAGAGGAAACAGCCUGGCUCAACAUCACUGUCUUUGCAGCAGAAAUCCACAAUCGGCAUCAGGAAGCCAAAGUCCCAGUGGCCAUUAGGGUCCUUGACGUCAAUGAUAAUGCUCCCAAGUUUGCUGCCCCUUAUGAAGGUUUCAUCUGUGAGAGUGAUCAGACCAAACCACUUUCCAACCAGCCAAUUGUUACAAUUAGUGCAGAUGACAAGGAUGACACAGCCAAUGGACCAAGAUUUAUCUUCAGCCUACCCCCUGAAAUCAUUCACAAUCCAAAUUUCACAGUCAGAGACAACCGAGUCCCAGACCUGAUGCAGUCCCUGGAUAAAGUUGGUGGCAGAGCCAGGAAAGCCUGAGCUUCAAAGCCGACUCAGCAGGCAGCAGGAAAAUAGAACACUGGAUGAUUCUUCAACAUUUAAGUCCAUCUUGGGCUAUUAAUAUCAGGAAUGGUGCUGUUUGGGCAGAUGAAGAGCUGGUCCACCCAGGUUUUGAGAUGCAUUUACUUUGAAAAUAAUAGGCAUGUGGCAUCUCUUAAAUCACAAGAAAUAUGUAUUGGAUGAGAAAAGUGCAAAGAAAAAAAAAGACUGAGAUAUUAUUUCUCUUUUAUGUAGCUCUUAACUGGUUUAUAAAACCUUCUCAUGUCAUUGUUUCACCUAAUUCUUCAAACAACCGCAUAGGGCAGGCAGGUGGUAUAUUUUUAUCCGAUUUUCAGAUAAAGAAAGAAUAUGAGACAUCAGAAGGGUCAGUGAUUUGCCCAAGGUCACACAGCAAUAAGUGCAAAAACUAAAUCUAAAUAUUUGGAGGGCCUUGUUGGUUGUACAUGGCACACUGUAAAAUAAAUAUAAAGCUCAUGUCUCUUCUAGUUAAUUCAUUUCAAAAGUCUUUGUUUAUCCUAUUGUCGAUAAUAACAAUCCUCAGAAGAGGCAAAUUCUGAAAUUUAAUUUAUGGAUUAAUCUAGAGUUCUAGGGAAUGUAUGAACAGAACAGGACAAGGUUCUUCAAUUUUCACUUUAAUCACAGCCAUAAUAAUUGUAGUAAAAUAUAUUUGCAAAGAAGUUUAUAAUUUGCUUCUAUUACAAAAUUAAUACCUAUUUCUUGCAGGAAAAUUGGAAAAUACAAACUAGCAAAAAUGAUAUUAAAACAUUAAAAUAACUUGAUAAUAGGCUACCCAGAAACAGUCACUGCUAUUUGUUUAUCCUUUCUUUGCAUACAUUUCUUUUCUUAAAAAUCAAAAAGAAAAGCAACUGUAAAAUAUAUGUCCACUUAUUUUCCCACUUAAUAGUAUGUGAUACAAAUCAAUAUAUGUAUGUCAAUAUUUUCAAGUUGUCUUUCUAACUUCAACUAUGAGGAUAUAUAAUAUCAGUUGACUGUAAGUACGUAUAUUAUUUUCCACACCUUCGCCAAAUAUCUAAUUAUUCUUUUAGGAUAAAUUCCUAGAGCAUUUUGGGAGGCUGAGGCAGGUGGAUUGCCUGAGCUCAGGAGUUCAAGACCAGCCUGGGCUGGUCACAGAUGAAUCAUCUGUGUUUGUGUAAGUACACUACGUUUACAGGAGGAACUCUCCUAACAAUGCAUUUCUCAGGAUGCUUCCCUGUCACUAAGCGACUCAUGACUGUAUAUAUGAAUAAGCAUACCUAGUCAAAUACAUUGUUGCAAUUAUUACUGUGAACAAAUUAUUGUGUGUUAGGUCAAUUAAAAUAUAAGAAAAAUAAAAGUGUCUGUUUCUUCAUCAUUUAUUCCUUCUUCCACGCUCUUCUUUUCUCUCCGUAUAUCCAGAUUUCUGACCCAUGUUGUUCCCUCUAAAGAACUUAUUCUAACAUUUCUUACAAGGCAGGCCUACUGGCAACAAUUUUUUUUUCCAUUUUUGCUAGCCUGAAAAAGUAUUUCUUCUUCACUUUUAAAGGAUAAUUCUGGUAGUUAGAGAAUUCUAGGUUGGUAAGUAUUUUUCUCUCAAUACUUUAAUUAUUUCAUUUUAUUCUCUUUUUGCUGGCAUGAUUUCUGAGAAGGUGGAUGUAAUUCUUAUCUUUAUUCCUCUUCGGGUAAGGUGGAUUUUUUUCUCCUGACCUCUUUCAGCAUUUUUUUAAAAUCUUUGAUUUUUCUGUAGUUUGAAUAUGAUAUGACUAGGUGUAGGGACUUUCUUUUUGGCAUUGAUACAGCUUGAUGUUCUCUGAGCUUUCUGCAUCUGUGGUUUGGUAUCUGACAUUAAUUUGGAGAAAUUCUGUCAUAACUGUUUCAAAUAGUUCUUCUGUUUCUUUCUCUCUUCUCUUUCUGGUAUUAUCAUCACAUAUAUAUUACACCUUUUAUAGUUCCAUAGUUCUUGGAUAUUCUGGGUUAUUAUUUUUUCAGUCUUUUGUCUCUUUGCUUUAUAGUUUUAGAGGUUUUUGUUGAUCUAUCCUCAAGCUCAGAGAUUCUUUCCUCAGCUGCGUCCAGUCCACUAAGGAGCCCAUUGAAGGCAUUCUCUAUUUCUGUUGAUGUUUUUAUCUCCAGCGUUUCUUUUGGGUCUUUCUUAGAAUUUCCAUCCCUCUGCUUACAUUGCCCAUCUGUUCUUGAAUGUUGUCCACUUUAUCCAUUAAAGACUUUAGCAUAUUAAUCACAGUUGUUUUAAAUUUCCAGCUGGAUAAUUCCAACAUCUCUGUCAUAUGCGUGCCUGGUUUUGAUAUUUUCUCUGUCUCUUCAAAUUGUAGGAUUUUUUGUUCUGCCUUUAGUAUGCCUUGUAAUUUUUUUCUUCAUAACGGAAAUAGUGUUGUGGGUAACAGGAACUGCUAUAAAUAAGCCUUUAACAAUGUGAUAGUAAGUUAAAGAAGGGCUAGCAUUCCACAGUCCUACGACUGGGCCUCAGUUUUUGGUAAGCUUGUGCCUCUGAACUGUAAACUUCACAAGUGCUCCUUAGUUGUUUUUUUCUCCCUCCUUUGCUGGGACAGGUUACCUGGGAUGGCCUAGAGUUGGAAGUUUCUUUUCCCCAGGUCAGUUAGUCUCUGAUAAAAUCCCAGAAGAUUAGUUUUCCUUUAAAAGUGUUUUCUAAGAUCAGACCUCGUUAAGAACAGAAUGCUCUGGCGUAUUUCAAAAUGGUUCCUUUUUCCCUCCCCCUACUGAUAGGAUGAGGGAAUUUUUCUCUAAUAUUCACUGUGAGAACCAGGUAGAGUUCCUGAGGGUAAAAAUCACAAAAGCGUGCAUUUGCAUGUGUGUGGUAGGGGGUCACGGGGGAGGUCCUGUGACUGGGUUCCCCUAGAGCUUCUAACUUCUCCACACUGGGCCUCCAUCAAUUUGGAGCCCAGCACUGGUUCCUGAGGAAGUUUUUGCUUGUUGGUUCCUAAUCUAGUAAGUUCGAUUCUCUGUAUCUACUCGUGUGUCUCCAAUUUGGGGACAGCUCUUUUCCCUGUAAACUCAAUUCUCUUAUGAAUCUAGGAAAAGUUGCUAAUAUUAUAGUUUGUUUGGUUUUUUAUUUGGAUAGAGAGGUGACUUCCAAGCUUCUUAUGUAUCAGACUGGACUGCAUCUGUUCUAAUUUUAUUUUCUUAGUCACUAUUUUUAGUGUAAGUUAUAACUGUUUUAUUAAUUUACUAUUGGGAAUUGUUACAAAGUGAUAUAACUUAGCUGAUUUUCCUGGGUUUUCUAGAGCAAUAACUACAUAAAAAUUAAUGGCAAUUUGUUUCAUCUUUUAAAAUACUUGUUUUUCAUCUAAUUGCAUAGAUUUACACUUUUCAAAUAUGUGCUGUAUCAUAACAAUAGUAAUGGCCAUUCUUGGUUUACUUAUUACUUUAAUAGGGAAAUUAGUUCUCGAGUUUCAUCAUUAAACAUCAUACUGAGUGUUAGAUUAAAAUUAAGAUUUGUUAAGAUUUGUGUUUUGGGGUGUGUGUGUGUGUGUGUGUGUGUAUGUGUGUGUGUGAGAGAGAGAGAGAGAGAGAACUUCCUUUACAUUGUUGUGUUACUAAAAAAUAAAUGUUUAACGUUUAUUACAUUUUUUUAAUUCUAACAAGAAGAUAGUAUAGCUUUGUCUGCUGACCUAAUGACCUGGUAAUUAUAAAUACAAUAUUCUAAUAUUAACUUCAUAAUUUUAAUUUUCAAACCUCUUAUUCCAAACAACAAUCAUUUGAUAAGAUACAGAGGAAAAAGCAAGGCCUAGAGAUGAAAGGCUUGGCUUUGCUCUUCAUCUCUAAAGGGGGAACAAUUUUAAUAUUAAUAUCUGAAUAUUUGAUAUAUAAUUAAUCCUAAUAAUAAUUUAUAAAACAGUUGUAAAUUAUUACACUAUAUGAAUUGAGCUGCCAAUUUGAGAGAUAAAGGCACUGACAUACUAAAAACUGGUACCAAAAUUGGAAUGCAUCCCAGGAUCUCAGAACCCCAGGGCUACAUGCUUUACAAUGGGCCAUCUCAAUUAGAAUUGAAGGUUUAUCAGAUCAUGGGGUUACGUGGCUAUCAGGAUGUUUUUCUGUCACUUGAGGAGCCAAGGAAAAUUUUAGGAGUUUUCAAUAAGUUUCUAUUAUAACGACAACAAAAAUACUCGAGAUUUUCAAGUAAAUCCAUUUUAAGAGUAGCCUUUUGUAUACCAUGAAGCCCCUUCCCUAUUUGAUUUGGCCUUCUCCGUCCUUGAUGCUUCUUCUCUAGUUAGUGUCAGUGUGGCUUUCGUCAAAUUCUAGAUAUUUCUUAGGUUCCCUAUGACAGCCUCUUCUUUCCAUCCUUCUAUAAUCAUGAAAAGAUGAAAAACUCAGUGCCAGGAAGCAUCCUAAAAGUAGACUUUCACAGUGAAUAUAAAUCUGAUGUCAGGGAAUCCCCAAAAGCACAUCCAGCAAAGUUAGUUAUAUCAUGAAAGCACAACUAAUUUUGAUAGUUACCGUGAAUAGAGUUACCCACAGAGAAGCUGUAACUACAUGGUGACCUCCAAACUGGUCUGUCUGACUCCAUCCUUGCCCCCACUUCACUCAGUCCUCAAUAAACAAACCCGACAAUGCCUCUCUCUCUCUCUUUUUUAAAUUCUUUCCUGCCUCUCCAUUUCCUAUGUAUUUAACUGAAACUCCAUAGCUUAGUGAGCAAGACAUUCCAUGCUUUACUCCUUGUACACUUUACCUCUACCAUCUCCUUUCUCUUGCUACCUUAAAUCUUAGGAUUCAGAAACUUGAAACCAUGUCAAGUUUCUGAAAUAUGCCAUGCUCUCACAUGUCCAUGUGCAGGGAAUUUACUUCCCCUGUCUAUCCCUCCUCCUUUAAGUCUCACUGUACAUAAAGUCAUCUCUUAGGUGACCUCUGGCCUAACAUCUCAGACCAUUUGGGCUGCUUUUUUCUAGUGCUCCAGGAAUUCUGCCCUAACCUCAAUUUUUCUUAUCACUCUGAAUUCUAAUCAUAUAAUACAUUUCUUUGUCUCCCACUAGAAUCUGAGCUCUGUGAGGCCAGUAUCCCAACCCUUAAGAAAAGUGGGUUGAUUAAAUGCAUAAAUUAAAAGUAAAGGAGUGGAUGAGAAAACACUUCAUAACACAUAAUCUUCUUCAAAAAUUUUAGGAAUUAGUUAUUAUUAUGGAAAGAAUGAAUCUGUCAUGAAAUAAGCUCCAGGAUGAAAAAGAGAACAAAUCAUUUGAUGCCAGAAUAUUCUAAAGAAGUCAGUACCCCAUCACCCAGCCCUUCCAUUCUUUCAUCCAUUCAUUCAUUUACUUUUCCACGAAAUUAUAUUGGAGACCUAGGGUUAGGGGCCAGAAUGAGAUGACCCUCUAAUGUAUUAGUUUUGCAAGUGUAAUAUCCAAGAUGGGCCAUGUGGCAGAUCAAUGAGCACUGAAACAUUCAGAGUUGAGUUUGCACUGCUUAAAAAAAAAAUAAAAAUAAGAAAGCAGGCAAGCAAAGACAUAAAUAAAUAAACAACCAAAUGUUUGCAUGGAAAGCAGUGUUGGUUUAGUAAGGAUAGGCAAGACAGAUUCACUUAGAUUAAAACAGUUGGCAAAUAAAUGCCUUUCUUUCUGUUUUUCCCCCCUAAACUAAGGACAUUUUUUAUGAGCAGCACAAACUAGCAUGCAAAUAUGCUUCUGAUUUUCCACUUUCAUAAUUUAAAGAUAGCCAAACAGAUUUUUGUAGGAUGUAUUUUUCACCCUUAAUUGCUCCAAUAUGGAAGAUGCUCUGUUGGGAGAUCAAAAUGGCAGAUGUCUGUUAAUGCCCUGCCAUUUUCACUUGUGUAAAUAAUCAUGUUUCUUUUCUGCCUAAAAUUCGUUGCUGCAGUUUGUCUCACACAGAACAGAGUUUAUCUUUGAACCCACUCUCUCCUCAACCCAACAACAACAACAAAAUAAAUAGAUCUUGGUAGAUCAAACAUCAUUCUUUCAAGGUUGCAUGUGGUCACUGACUUAACUAGUUAGCUUAAAGACCCUAAAUGUCAAUAUCCCCCUGAAUCUCUUGGUAGUUUUCUGUGUCUUAAACUAAGAAAUACUUGGGCAGUAUGUUCUUUUCUCUCCAUUUACCCUACCAGCAAGGAGAAAAUUAUUAUCAAACAUAAGUGAAAGCAGAGUUGAUUUUAAGAAAUGUGAUUAAACGUGACAAUGAAAAGUCUCUUAAUGCUAACAAACUGCAUACUUCGAUAUCUCAUACACACAUGCUUGAAUUUCACAUGCACACAGGCAAGUAUUUCUAUCAUGUUACUCUUUAUUGUCCUUCUUGUUUUGCAGAUUCCUCAGUACAAAAGGUAAUAAUUGGAAGAACAGUGGUGUGUAGCUCCCUAAUUCAGUUAGGAGACAUUACAGCCAUCAGAGUCUUGGUCAAUUAUUUUCAUUAGUAUGUUAAGGCUCAUCAUUUAUAGAAUUUGCAUUAUUGUAGCAUAUCCUUUAUUUCAAAAUAUUGGGAAAGUAAUAGGUUUCUUCUUGCCUCUUUCACAGUGGUUUGUUUGUGAAGGGUGUAUGUUUGUGUGUGUAUGUCUGUGUCUGGAAACGCUAUGGGAACAGCUGUUGAAUGAGUACCCCUGAUUGUUUGUGGGUCUCUUUGCCGCAAAAAUUCUUAGGUUUCUAAGAACUGUUCUUUUAUCUAGAAACUGAGUCUAGAAACUGAGUUUUUUUUUUUUUUGGUCUAAUUAUAGGCUAUGAUGGAAUUCAACUAAUUAACCAACCUAUUGUGGAUAUUUAAAAAAAAACUAGUUUAAUUGGAAUGCAAUAAUAUCAGUGUUCCGGGGUCAGUUAUGUGCUUAUAAAAUUCAAUGAAACCUAGAGGACUUCAAAUUCUAGUUCUGUUAUUUUCCAUGUGCUUGUGAGAAAUUGCUUCCCUCUUAGUUUCUCAGUUUUGUUUCCUCUAAGAUAUGGGUCAUUAUAAUCUUUGCACAGUUUGAAAAAAUGUUUGGGAUAAUGUAUGUAAAAGUAACAAACAACAGCGUUUGCCCAUAUUAGCAGUUCAAUCAAUGUUGCUUAGUUAAAUUUGCUUCAAUUUACAGAAUAAUAACAGAAUAAUAAGAUAGCAAGAUAAAGAUAUUUAGCAAAAGCAAAAUCCGCAAUAUAAAUAUAAGCAACAUUAGAAGGAGUUGGAGAAGAUGGGAACUAGAAAUGGACUGUGAGAUAAUGAAUCAGUAAACUCUGACUGUGUGGAAAAGUCGGACUGAUAUGAAAUGCAUUGGAAAGCACAGCAUUCAGCCAUUUAUUCUGUCAACACACACAACAGUGCUAAAUGCCUAAAUGCACAAAGACGACUGAAAAGCUAAAUAAGACAAGGCCCCUUCCCUCAAGGAGGUUAUUGUCUGGUGAAGAGGUCAGACAUUCAGUCACGAUGGGCUGUGAAAUGUACAAACUAUGCAGUGAUGUGUACAGGUAGGUAGAGAGCUCACAGGGUAUUCAGAAAGGCAAGAAAAUAGAGGUGUACACACAGACUAGUAAGUUCAUCGUUGAUCAGUAGUAACAUCAGCAGUGUAUUGUCACAAACUUCUAAAAAUGUUCUAUGAAAUUUCCAUUAUUUUAGUCCCCUGGAUUGAAGAUGGUAAACGUUGACUGACAUCAAAACUUAAAAUUAAUUUUUCAAAAUUCACAAAUGUAAAUAAGUGUAAAGAAAUCAAAAUAACUAAAUGCUCAAAUGAUGCCUUUUGUAAUUGUAUGUCAGCUAUACUUCUGAAAUUAUUGACGCUUAUAACUCUACUAAGAAAUUUUAGUCACACACUAUAUAUAAAUUUUAUGUAUGUGCUUAUUUAUGUGUAUAUAUAUAUGUGUGUGUGUGUAUAUAUAUAUAUAGAUGGGUGUGUGUGUGUGUGCACGGGCAUGUGUGGGCACAGGAAUAUUUUUUCCAUUAUCUUGACAGAGCUAUUGCCACAUUUCUAAGGAAAGUGGUGUAGGCAAGAGCAAAAUAAUCAAAUAAUGAUUAUUCUGCUAGUGACUGAAUGCCUGUCUUCAAGUGUAUGGGAGCUUUUCAUGUGGUAGAUAGAUCUACUUCCUCUCUGAGGUUUGGGAAGAAAUGUAGAGUAGGCAGAUUUGGGUCAGCAGUGAGCAAAAUACCUCCCUGGGAGCAAGUCUUGGCCUACAUUCUCGGUUUUCCAGCAGUCUACAGAGAGGAUCCUCAGACUGAAGUGCCCUGUGGCCUUUUUCAUAAGAUAGAAUGUCUCUGAUCAGGUUGAGCUGUGAGGAUUUUUUAGCUUCAGAGAAGAGAUGGACAGAGGAAAAGGACUGGUAAGGAAGAGCAUCUGCAGAGCCUUAGGGAAGCUGCUGGGUGACUGAUGCCGUCGCCCUGGGAUAAGCCUCUCUCCUGACACCAUGAUGAGGGCAGAGGGUCCUGGUCCUUUGCUUUGGUGCUUCCUGUUUUCAAGUUUUCAAUAUGCCGGAGCUGGUCCAUAUAUUGCCCACUUGAUCCGCUUUUAAUUUUUUCCUUUUUUAUUUUUUUGGCUAAUGCAGGGUUGUCACCCAGUGCAGUCUAUCAAGGUCUUCUUUCUCUCCCCAUCUUAAUGUUCCCCUUGAUUGCCAGUCUUAUAUAUUUCCUCAUUGGGCUACAUCAUCAUCAUAACCCCUAUAUUGGUAUUCCCCAACUGGUACCAUGGAGAUCAUCAUUAUCAGGAACUUUUAUAUUGUAUUUGUAUAAUGAAAAAGUGUACAAGUAAAAGCAGCAUGCAAUUAGGAGUCCAGGUUGGACUAAAACUUAGAAGCCUGAAUUCGUUUUUCCAUUAAUAGAAACACUACACUUUGUGCAUGACAUAUUCUGGUAAUUAAUGGCCCUAUUUGCAAGUUUUGGCCUAAGUGGGGGAAAACACACAACUGGUUACAUAUCUGUAGCCAGGGAUGAGAACACUGGUGUCAAGAUCAAAACCCAAGAUGCUUGAAAAACAUUUUCUUGUCGUAGGAAAUAUAUUGCCCAUGACUGAAGAAUAUGAAAUACUUUCUUACCUUUGAAUGAAGAGUCCUUCUACAUAGGCAAUUACAUUCAGAGCUACAAUGACAUGUCCAAGAAUUCACUUUCCUCCUUUGCCAAUAAGUUUCUCUUCCUCAUUAGUCUACUGCUCAAAGAGAAGAACUUCCAGAAAAGAAUUAAUAUUUACUGAUCAUCGCCAACAGGCUGGCAACUGUGCUAAGUAGCUUUAUGAAUGGAAUCAAAUUUAACCUAAAAUUAUUAGUUUCACAGAUGACAACAUGGAAAAUCAAAACACGUAGAUAACAUGUUUAAAGUCAGGCAAUUAAUAUGUACAAGAUUCAAGAUUCAAACCCAGGUCUGUUUGACCCCAAAGAUUGAGUUUUUUGCUUCUUAGACUCUUUAUAUGAGAAAAAGAUCUAGGAAAUCUCUAUGGAAAUUUUAAAAUUGAUGGAAUAUUUGUCUUUUUCUGUUUAUCUUAUUAACCUGGAGCCAAUCUGACACUUUCCUGGAAAUAUGUCCUCACUGAACCUCUUUUUUUCUUGGGUUAUCCAUAAACCUCGGUAAUGCAUAUGUCCAAUGCAAGGGGACCCACUCAAAGAUGGAUAGGGAGUUGAAAGCUAAUAUGUAGUCAAAUAUGGGUGAAAAAUUGGUUUCUAGUAAAGGGGUUUUGUUAUUGUUGUUAGUUUGUUUAUAUUUCUAUUUGUGUGUCCAGAUUUGUUUUUCAUGAAGUUCCUGACCAUAGUGGCUAUUUUUUUUCCAUCUUUUUAGAGACAGGAUCUCAUUCUGUCAGCCAUGGUGUAGUUCAGUGGUACUAUUAUAGCUCACUGUAGCCUUGAACUCCUGGGCUCAAGCGAUCCUCUGGCGUCAGUCUCCUAAGUAGAUGGGACUAUAGAUGCUGGUCACCCCACCUGAAUAAUUGUUUAACUUUUUAUUUUUUUAGAGACAAGGUCUCGCUAUGUUGCCCAGGCUGGUCUAGAACUCCUGGCUUUAAACGAUUCUCCCAUCUCAGCCUCCCAAAGUGUCGAGAUUACAGGUGUGAACCACCAUACCAACCCAUAGUGGAUUUUUUUUUCUUUUUGAUUCAGAGUCUCAUUCUGUCUCCCAGGUUGGAGUGCAGUGGCACAAUCUCGGCUCACUGCAACUUCCACCUCCCAGGUUCUUUUGCCUCAGCCUCCUGAAUAACUGGAAUUAUAGGCAUGCGCCACCACACCCAGCUAAUUUUUUUUGUUUAUUUUUGUUGUUGUUGUUUUUUUUUUUUUUUUUUUUUUUUUGAGAUGGAGUCUUGCUCUGUCGCCCAGGCUGGCGUGCAGUGGCGUGAUCUCGGCUCACUGCAAGCUCUGCCGCCCGGGUUCAUGCCAUUCUCCUGCCUCAGCCUCCCGAGUAGCUGGGACUACAGGCACCCACCACCACGCCCGGCUAAUUUUUUGUAUUUUUAGUAGAGAUGGUGUUUCAUCGUGUUAGCCAGGAUGGUCUUGAUCUCCUGACCUCGUGAUCUGCCCGCCUCGGCCUCCCAAAGUGCUGGGAUUACAGGCGUAAGCCACCGUGCCUGGUCUUUUUAUUUAUUUAUUUUUAUUUUUUAUUUUUAUUUUUUAGUAGAGAGGGGGUUUUACUGUUUUGGCCAGGCUGGUCUGGAACUCCUGGCCUCAAGUCAUCUGCCCGCCAGGUUCUCCCAAGUGCUGGGAUUACAGGCAUGAGCCACCAUGCCAGGCCAUAGUGACAUUUCUGAUCAGUGAUCAGAGUGGAUCACAAGAAGGACAGGCCGUGAUACCGAAAUACCACUCAGAAAUGCCACUUCUGAGAGAAGGCUCGCACUCCCAUUGGUCCUGGAACAACCUGGAUCUAAAGGGGGAAUAUUUUAUUGACUCAAGCAACACAGACCACCUAAAUGCCAAACCAGGCUGCUAGACACGUCUCCUACCCACUGUGUUCACCUUUACCAGCUCACCAGCCCUGGAGGAUCUCAGUAAUAUGUGUUCAGUUUUCUGGUAGAGGGAUCCCCUGAGCCUUCUGGAAGCACAACACAGAGGAUAAACACUGAUUUCUAUCAUGUUAUUUAGUUGCUUAACAACCCCAUGAGGGAUGCUUGCUAUCAAUAAGUCUCCUAAUUUUAAAGAUGAACAAAUGGGGCUCUAGAUGGGAAAAGUUACCCAGUUGAAAGCAGAUAAUUAGUAUUCACCCAGAAAGAAAGCCUUAGUCCGUUUCUGUCCCACUUCUUGAACUGAUCUUAAAAUCCAUAUGUAAUGCAUGUUUUAAUAGCAGAGGUUUGAAAAGUUCUUGCAAUCCUACUGAUCUAUCACUCAGAGAUUGUAAAUGGUUUGGUCAGCUGGGUACUUUGAUGAGCUUUUACAUAGUGGUUUCUGUGUGUCAGAGAGGACUCAGUUGUUCAGAAUAUGAAACAUCUUGAAUUCAUGUGCCAAUGUCAUGCCCAGAUCCAUAUUUUCCAUUGGUGUUUGAGUUUCAAUUACCUUCUUCCGUAACCCAACCUGCUGUGAUCUGGAAGUGCAGGUCUGCCUGGAUGGCACAUUGAAGAAUAGAUUUUAAAUUAUGAUUUCCACAAGUUUAUAAAAAUAAAAAUAAUCUGUUCCCAUACUCUCCAGCCAUAACACUAUGGAUAACAGAGUAGGACCAAAUGUGUAAACCAAGCAAGUCAUCUGCUGGGCAUGUCACCCAUAUCAAAGAGUUUUCUUUGACCUAGAAAUUCAAUUAAAUUUUUAACAUUUAUUUUUAUCCAUGAUGACAUGGACAUUUCAGAUCAUUAAAAUGGAGUAGUUAUUGUAACUUUCAAUUUGUGAGAGUCUAAUUUAACUAUGAAAACAUAUACAAGAAGAGAAAAUAUAUUUUGAAUUAAUUUAUUAUAGAUAUGUAAUUUUUAUUGUAAUUGCUAAGUAUGGAACAAUGGUAUGUAAAGCCUAGAGCAGGAAAGAAUAGUCAGGUGACUGCAUUUUCACUUACUAUUUUACAUGACUAGCUUACUUUUAUUUUUUUAUCCUAUUUCAUAGUAUGUACAAUUUUUGUAUAAUUUUCCCCAGUGAUAAGAGAAAUGUAUGUCAAUCAUACAAAAUUCAGAAAAUACAGAAUUGAGGGCUGGCUGUUCUGUGUUGUUUUGGAAGAAAUGUUGGCAGUGAAGGACAGAGAACUGGUCAUAUCAGGUCUACGAGAGCCAGAGAGUACAAAACCUCACAAUCUGCAAUACUCAGAAUUUCUGCUCAUCCCUAAAUAAGACUGAAUCUGCCAUAUAUAUAUAUCUAACAAAAAAUAAAUUGUAGUAGGCCUUCCAUAUUCAUGGGUUCCACGUUUGUGAAUUCAGCCAACCAAACAUCAAAUAUAUUUGGGGAGAAAAACAGAAAACAGCAAAAAAUUGUAAUACAACAAUGAAAAAUAAUACAAAA